AUGAUGGAGUUGGGAGAGAUCAAAAUGCGGUUUGGCCGGUGCCCAUACUGCCGCACCAUGAUCUACCAGAACCCUGAAGCGGUCAUCUUCUUCUGCAGCAAAUGCCGCACCCUGAUCAGAGGAAAGAACCCUGUGCCGACGGAAGAAAUCGACCAAGCCCUGAGCAGGCUUUGGAUCCUCUCGGUGGACACUGCGUCGGUGUUCUCCGAUGAACUCGACGCCUGUUACAGCAAGCUGGCUCCGGGUGUCGACAUCGACGGCGAUCAGCAUCCGUUAUUCCACCAGGACAUUAUUGCACCUCCGCGUUCCUCCUCGCCGGCACCAGAUGGAGGAUUCGGUUCAGUACGGCAGGGUCAUUCUCUUAGCAAUGGCGCACCUACUGCUACUAGUGCUCGAUGUGACGAUGGCUUCGUUGACUCAAAUGAACAAGACAAGCUCCGGCCCUUCUCCCGACGAACGAGGCGCCCGUCGGGCUCUGACUCUGAUUCCAGCGUUCUGCGUUACGACGGCAAGCUGAUGGCAACGGAUUCGGAGACGGAGGAAGGGUUCUCGUCGCCGAGGAACGCGUGCGAGCGGCAGCGCCGCCGCCGCCGCUGGAGAUCACUCCUGGGAUCGCAAGCGUUCGAGACAUCGAUCGGCUUGUCCGGACAGGAGCCGUAUGGCGUCGCGCCGUCGCCGCUGAGGGACCCGGCGUUCCACGAUGAGCUGGUCAACGCGCUGGACAACCUCCGAGGCCUGAUCGCCGCUAUCGAGCCGGCGUCGAGCAGCAGGAGAGCGUCUGCGCCGCGCGACGUCCAUUUGUUCCGCCGGCUGGAGUCGCAGCUCGCGCGGGCGUUGCACGUCGAUGGGCGCGGUCACCGCCGGAACGCGAGCAGCACCGGCUCCUCGUCGUCGUCCUCCGGUGGCUACCGCAGCGAACGGCGGAAGAACCACUGCGCGCCGUUCCUAGUCUGCGGGAGCUGCUCCGAGCUACUGCAGGCGCCGGCGACGACGGGGCUGCCACGUGGAAAGGUCGUCAGGCUGCGGUGCGGCGGGGGCGAGGAGGUGCUUGAGAUGACGGCGGUGACCGCGGGUGCCGGUGGCUCGGCGCCGCACAAGACGACUCGGGCGGACCCCGGCAGUUGCAACAGCGGCGUGUGUGGGGACGGUGCGCAGCUGCUGCCGCCACAGCCGCUACACCGCGCGUUGGGGUACAGUUCACCGAGUCCGCUUCUGCAGAGCCGGCGCUACUGA